GAAUGCAAUACAUGAAAUAUACACCGAGCGAGAGAUGUUUAUGAACAGAGCGAAAAUGGAGUACAUGUUUUAUUCGAAAUCGUUUUUGUAUAACUCAAAGUGUGUUUUUGAGAACGUUAGUAAACUGAACAUUGGAGAACCAAAUCUUCACUGGAGCGAAUGUCAAGCGACAGGCUGACCAAAACCAGAAAGAGUAUGAUUAUGGCACCAUUCAUCCUUUGUCCACCACACCCACUGUCCCAUCAGUGUCAUCUACCUCAGGCAGCUUUAUACAAGCAAUCUAAGAUGAGUCCAGAGUUGUCAUCUAGUACGCAGAGAACGUAUGAAGAUCUACAUCUUAAUCCGUAUUGCAGAAUGUCUAUCUACUCCAUGCUACUGAAUAUCAGACUCCAUCUGUGGCAGGUCAUCCUGAAAGUUGUGAAGUGCUGUAUGUGUGUGAAAGAGCUUUUUAGCUUCAAGAUGUUUUUCUUCACUUGUGUGGGAAAAAACAUGGCCAUGACAGGUGACUUGAAGAUGAGUGGUGUGGAGGCCCAGGAGAGGCCUGUUUGGGAAUUAAGGAUUGAAAGCAUGAGUUUGGUCAACAUUGAAAAGGAGAUAAAUGAUCCAGAGAUGAAGGCCAUAAUGGGGCUAGAUGAUGAAGAAUUGAUCUGGCCUAUUGAAAAGCAAGAAUUGUCUGUGAAUGAUUCUGUUAAAGAGGAGGAUGAUGAAGGUCCCAGCCUCUCAGAAUGGCUGGAAUGGGAGUCUGAAGAUGAAAUUGAAGAAAGUGAUGACAAUGUUGAUGAGGAAAAUGAAAAGCAUCCUCCACAAGAUGAGUACUUUGAGUCAGAGCGUAAUGAGGAUGUGGAUUCUGAAUGGUCAGAUGAUGAUGAUGAUGAUGAUGAUGAUGAAGGUGAUUCAGAGGCAUCAGCAGAGAGCCUUGAGCUCUGGGAAUCCUUCCUCAACAGCAGUGACCCCUAUAAUCCUCUGAGCUUCUCCUCCGCCACUGGAUCUAGAACAAACUUCACAAGCACAACUGAAAACCAGCUAAUCCUGCGCUCACAAAUCAAACAAGUUAAGCAUACAACAUCAAAGGCAGCAGAGGAGCAUUAUCCAAAACCAAGCACAAAGGAGGGUGUGAAGAAGGUAUGUUUCAGUGAUGAGGUUACUGUACAUCCCCUGGUGGCUUGGCGUUUCGCUAGCAGGGCAGCACGGGAUGGUUCCUGUUGGCUGCAAAUGGCCAGAGACAGGGAGCGUUUUAAAAGAAGAGUGGAGAAUAUUGAGAAGGUCAUUAAGCUCUGCCUGUCACCUGAACACAGAGCCUGUGUUUGGAAGAGACUUCAGAGAGAAACUUUGUCAUAAUACUCAUCUUGAUUUAUUAUUAAAAUAUAAAGUGAUGCAGCAGUCUAGAUGUUUGGAAUGGUGUCAUAUGUGGUUCUUUUAAUCUCGGAAAACGGAAUGUUUGUUUUUUUUUACUGUGUAAUUUAUAACUUUACAAUAUUGUGAUGGAUGUUUUAUGUGAGUUAAAUUUUUUUGUAUUGCACUUGUAAACUUUAUUUUAUUGUACUACAAAACACUGUGAAACUGUUUAUGUGGCAAAUUAUGACAUAUUAAUCUUCCACAAUUUAUCCUGUUUUGUUAAAUUUUUUUCAAUGGUAAAAUAUGUUUUAUGUACAAUUAAACAUAUUGUAACACUAAAAUAUGUAGGUAUGCUAUAAAGCUGACAUCACUUAAAAGGACAGGUACAAGAAGUAAAAUAACAGUUAAAGCCCCACAGUUGAAUGUAUAGUUUUAUUUAGUAUAAGUGGUCUAGGAAUAGGUUCUUAUGAAAAGUAUAUCAGCUGAGCGUUAAAGCAACAAGUAUGUCCAAUUGACAAUUAAAUACAUACUAAUAUGCUAUAAGCAUAUUAACUACUUUUAAUGCAUAACUAUAUUAUAUAAAAUAUAUUUAACUCAACUACACAAAAAUGAAGACAUGCAUCAUUCAAACCCAAUCAUUUAUUUAUUUUUUAUUAAAUAAGGUGUAAAAAUACAAUCAUUAAACUAAUUUGGUUACAAACAGUCAUUGAUCAGUGGUAGUUACAAAAUUAUUAAUCAGUUACAAGUCACAAAAAAUAAAUAGUCUUUGUAUACUUGGUCCUUGUAUUGCAUCUGAGUCUGUGUGGCAAAUACCGAAAACACACACACACACACUAUAGUCAUUACAUAGGCAUACAGUACAUUUUGUGCAUUGCUUGAGAAGAGAGAUUUAGAAGAAUACAAAAUGAAUCCUCUGUAUCUGUUCCUUAGAAAACUACUGCUCUGAAGGCUGGUUAUGUGGCAAAAUUAAAGAUGAAACGGGUAAUAUUCAGGUUCUCUGAAAUACUGAUGCAAUUUUUCAGCAUUGAAAGAAAGCAGCAAAAAGUCAAAAAUACGUAAUAUUUAAGUAUAAAUCUGCAUUGUUUUUUUGUUUGUUUUUUAAAUAUUGCACAUGUAAGGUGUUUUUGGCAUUUCUUCCUUCACUAAGUCCUGUAUAUAGUUUAAAUUUGCUGUACCACAAUGUUGAUCCAUCAAUCUACAAAAAGCCUUUAUGAAUUGUUGCAAAUUUAGAAUGUGAAGCAAUAAAAGGUAGAAUCAAUUGAAAAACAGUCUAUGAGAAAACACACACACACACACACACGUCUGUCUGAAAACAUUUAAAAGAGGAAAGAGUAACUUUUUGGCAAACAUAUAAUUUUCAACGGAGUAUUCCUUAACAUUCAGUUCACCUAACAAUUUUCAUGCAGCGUUGUGUAAAAUGGCAUCUUGCGAUAAUAUAUCUGUCAAAUACUCCAUUUCACAGUACUGCAACAUGGUUCAGAAUAUCUAGUUUAAAAUAUCCAGUUCACGCUGUUAUUGGAAUCAAUAUGUUACAUAUUAACAUCAUACACUUAGUACCAGGUGCAGUUGAGGUGGAAUUAGGUAAUUAGCUUCAAUAAUAACAGUUCAAUAUUUCUUGUUCAAUAUAAUGACAAGAAAAAGUCAUUUUAAAAAGCAUUAUUUAGCUUGAGUUGGCCAUGAUUUAAAGUCAAUUCAUAAUAAAAAUUUUGUUUUUCAUUUAUUUUGGAAGUCAGAGAAAAUGUGCUUUAGGCACCACAGCUUUGUCCACUCGCACCCAAUUCCAGAUUUUUUUAAAAACCUUGAGGAGCUAAUUCUGCUCCAUCUAACACAUAGCCUAAUGUAUUCAGGUUGAUUUAGUGAUGUUAAAUAAUAUGUUUGUUUUGAAUAAUACAUUAAUGUUACAACAUGAUAUUGUUACAAUAUAGGAAACAAAGAGCAAAAUUUGGGAAUUCGGACACAGCUGUAGACCGAAUAAAGGAAAAACAAAAGUCCAUUCUGACAUUUCAGACUAAAAUGGCUUAACAUUUUACACAAUCUGUAAAAAUCUGAUAUCAAGCAGGGGGUUAUAUUCUCUUUGCAGUUCAGACUAGAAACAAAUAAAUGGAUUUGAGUUGAAUAUUCCAAAAAUAAAUGAAAUAAAAAAAUGGAUUGGAUCUUUGCCGCCUGUGUAAGCAAACCCUAAUCCAGAUAAUUUUGAAGAUCCUAUAAACCAAAAAGUGUGUCCAAAAAUAAAUUUAGCUGAUUUAAAAUUUUUGGUAAAGUUGUGCUUUACUUCUGUUGUGUGUCAAUAUUCUGUGUUAAUAUGUAACAACUCCUUUAUGACUGUGCUAAACUUAUUAUAAGUGAAGGUAAAAUUAGAUUUUCAAAAUGUUAAAUGUACAAUAAAAUAUGAGUAUUAAAUGCAGGUUCAACUGCUGGUCUGUGAAAAUUUGUUUAAAAAAAAAAAGCAAAAUAUUUGUAUAGUCCCUUAUUCAGACAGAAACUUACUUGUCUUAUUAAAGUGUGCAUUUUGUGUGCUUCAAAUACUAUUUAAAAGUAUAAAGAUGUCAAAGCAUGAAAUCCUUACUGAAUUCAUUCAACUGCAAAUUCAAAGUUCAUUUUAUGACACAUCUCCACUCAAACACAAAAAAAAUUCACAUGCAAAAACAGGAUUCUCCUUGUGAAUGUCUAGUACAAAGUGCAUUGAGGUGU